CAGGUACAUAGAAUCCGGGGUCUCGCCUAUAAUUCCUUUCUUGCCUAGGUGCGCAGCUGCUAAGCCCUGGCCAUGGAAGCAACUCUUCUCGGCUCGCAUUUCUUCUUAGGUGCUCAGCUUCCUAUACUUCGAGAACGGCAUGCCAAUCACAAUUUCGUAUGUUAUGGUUCACGAUUUGCUAACUCCCAUGUCUCUCGAAAAAUGAAUUCAAUAAUAUCCCGUCAGAAGCAUUCCAUGUUGCUUGACAUGAGACCUUUGUUAAGGGCAAACAAUAAAUUUUCUGUUAAUUCAUCAGAGAAGAUGCAAAGUGAUUAUAUGAAUGCUGAGACAAGGUCUGUGGAGUCUGUAAAUCUUGAAGUUGUUGCACCAGAAAUCAAUGAUCAAGGAGAUAUUGUGACUUCAACUGAUGCCAAUAAUCAUGAGAAUUUUCUCUCAGCGCCUAAAAUGUUUCGGAAUAGGUUUUUGAAUUUUGUGCGCCUGAGUUCUCUCCUUAAUAAUGCUGCUGAAUCCUUUUUUAAAAGUGAGAUACGUCGUAGGCUGUUUGUGACAGCGGUACUGCUUGUAAUCGGUCGUGUUGGAUAUUUCGUUCCUCUGCCUGGAUUUGAUAGAAGAUUGAUGCCCCAAGAUUACCUUAGCUUUGCGUCAGGAUCUGUUGAUGAAUUUGGUGAUUUUGGAGGAGAGCUUAAGCUUUCCUUUUUUCAGCUUGGUAUUAGUCCGCAGAUAUUUGCUUCAAUUCUUAUGCAGGUACUUUGUCAUGUUGUUCCAUCCUUAGUUAAGCUGCGGAAAGAAGGUUUAGAUGGCCACGAGAAGAUUAAGAGUUAUAUAUGGUGGAUAUCACUUGGCUUUGCAACACUGGAGGCUGUCGUAGUUGCUUGUUAUUCACUUCCAUAUUCAGUUUAUGCAGCUAGUCACAGGGUCAAGCAUGUUAUGAUUACAGCUCUUUUUCUUGUCUGUGGUGCAAUGGCAAUGACAUGGAUCUGUGACACGAUAUCAGAAUCGGGAUUUGGUCAAGGAUCAUCCCUUAUCAUAUGUGUCGGCAUACUAACGGGCUAUACAGAUACAUUAUACAAGAUGUUGUCUCAACUCUCAGGAAGUUCUGUGAGUUGGUGGCCAUAUAUACUUGCAGUUUUAGGUAUUUUCACCAUAGUCACAAUGUGGGCGGUUGUUAUAACUGAAGGUUGCAGAAAAAUAAAGCUGCAGUAUUAUGGUUUUAAACUUGCUUCUUCAUCUAGAGAUGACUCCCCGGUCACUGAAGUGGAGCCCUAUAUUCCUUUUAAUAUCAAUCCUUCUGGAAUGCAGCCUCUUCUAACCACAGCUUAUCUCUUGGCAUUUCCAAGUAUUCUUGCAAGCAUACUUGGUUCACCUUUCUGGGAGCGUGUCAAGGAUAUAUUGGACCCUGGAACUUCCCGUGGUGCAGAGCCUUGGGUCUAUUAUUCCAUAUAUGCCUUUUUCGUCUUCUUAUUUAAUAUAUUUGAUAUUGCCAACUUGCCGAAGGAGAUUUCAGAUUACUUGAAUAAGAUGGGUGCCAGGAUCCCAAACAUAAAGCCUGGGAAGGCUACAAUUGAGUAUCUUACAAAAAUUCAGGCAUCAACACGAUUUUGGGGAGGGCUAUUGUUAAGUAUUUUGGCAACCACAUCAACCAUCCUUGAUCGUUAUUUAAGACAUAUCAAUGAGGGAUUCUCAAUUGGUUUUACGUCUGUUCUGAUUAUUGUGGGCUCCAUCAUUGAGCUUAGGAGAUCAUAUCAAGCAUAUAAUGUCAUGCCAAGCUUAAGCAAGGCUCUAUCACGUUAUGGGUUAUAAUAUACAAUGACGCCAUGCUCAUACUUUGCAGAAAUUCUCUGGAUGUUGACUGUUGAUAAACAUCGAGUGGCCAUUUGUCAAAGCCGACUCUUUUGUAAUUUGUAUUGAGCAUUGGGUAGCAAUGCAGGACUUGCUAUGGGAUCCAUCCAAGGUCACUGGGAAAGGAUUCGAAGCUUGGGAUUCCUGGAAUCUGAGGAAGCUUGGGAUUCCUGAAACCUCAGUUCCCCACAUCUAUGUGCUGUAGAAAGAUUUCACUUCUGUUACUCUCGGAGAAGGGCGGCAUGCUGCCACCGUGGGAUGCAAUGGCAGAGCAAAGAUUAAAGUCGAGAUAGAGCUUAAAAGAGAUUUAGAUGAAAUUUAUGUACUUUUGGAGGAAACUAGUUUGCAGAACUGUAAUCGAUCCUUGUCGUUGGAAUUUAUUGCUGCCCUGUAUCAUAAAUAUGGGAAAAUAGAGAGGUAUGUAUGGAUUUAGUUCUCAUUUCUCCCCCAUGGCAUAGAACUUUUAUAAAGUAGUUGCUAUGUUGGGCCGUGGCUGGUAAAAUCGUUCAGGGACGAAUGUACUAUGAAUUUUACUGUGAGAUGAGAUUGAAAUUCUUGGUAAAAAA